AACGUCAACACGCGGAGGAGGCCCGGCGGUGUUGGCUAUAUACGAGGAGGACGCGCCUGUUGCAUCACCUUGGUAAAUUGCGAGCAUUACAUACUCAAAACAAGAUGGCAGCUGCUGCAACUUCUGCAGCCUUAUCAGGUGCUCCUUCAGUGGCAGCUAGCAUUGUAAGCAGCAGCAGCAGUACCAGUCCAGCUUUAGGUUUCAAGAUAUUGGCAGAAUGCAGUAAAACCAAGGCUCGUACAAGUCUUAUGAAACUGCCACAUUAUACAGUUGAGCUUCCCAUGUUUAUGCCUGUUGGAACCCAGGGAACAAUGAAAGGACUUCUCCCACAGCAAGUAAAAGAUGCAAAUGCCCAACUGAUUCUUGGAAAUACAUACCAUCUGGGAACUCGCCCCGGCAAAGAUCUCCUCAAUAAGUUUGAAGGACUUCACAGUUUCAUGCAAUGGGACUGUGCCUUGCUAACUGACUCAGGUGGUUUCCAAAUGGUUUCUCUGUUAGAACUUGCGGAAAUUACUGAAGAGGGAGUGAAAUUCAAAUCUCCUUAUGAUGGUUCAGAAUGCAUGCUAACCCCAGAGGAAAGUAUAGAAAUCCAGAAUGCCAUCGGGGCGGAUAUAAUGAUGCAGCUUGACGAUGUGGUGGAUGUCAGAGAGACCAAUUAUGAACGCUUUAAAACAGCAACUUAUCGAACUACACGUUGGCUAGAUCGAUGCAUGAAAGCAAACAAAAAUCCUGAAAGACAGAAUUUGUUCCCAAUCAUCCAAGGUGGCCUUUUUCCAGACUUACGAAAAAUCUCUUUAGAACAGCUGAUAGCAAGGGAUGCCCCAGGUUAUGCAAUAGGUGGACUCAGUGGAGGUGAAGAAAAGGACAAGUUUUGGCCAACUAUCCACCUGUGUACAGACCAUCUUCCAAAGAACAAACCUCGCUAUUGCAUGGGUGUUGGCUUUGCUGUUGACCUUGUUGUGUGUUGUGCCAUGGGGGUGGAUAUGUUUGAUUGUGUCUUUCCAACUAGAACUGCAAGGUUUGGAUGUGCUCUCGUCGACAAUGGUCAGAUCAACCUGAAGUCUCGGGAGUUUAUUAAUGAUUUUAUUCCCAUUGAUGAAAAAUGUGAUUGCUCAACAUGUCAGAACUACACACGGGCUUAUCUCCACACCAUUGUGACAAAGGAAACUGUUGCCUGUCACCUCCUCUCCAUUCAUAACAUUGCCUAUCAGAUGAGACUGAUGAAGAACAUAAGGGAGAGCAUCAAAAAAGGUUGCUUCGUUGAGUUUGUGCAGGACUUCAUGUCUACAUACUACAAAAACCAGGAAUAUCCCCAAUGGGUCGUUGAUUGCUUGGCAGCAGUAAACAUAAGCCUGAAAAAGAGUUGCAGUGACAGCGCACAAGCCCCAUCAGCUGAUUUAGAGGACCUAGAAGACAGUGAAGACAGGCUUUGGGACUUGCGUUCUGAUUUUGAAAAGUUGAGUCACACUGGCUACAGAAAUGCCAUUCUCGGGGACUUUGAAGAGGAAGAAGCGGAAGGAAGAUUGCAAGGAUUCCGAAAAGCAUUUCAACCUCAGUCCAGCAUUAACCCCACUAGUUUGCUUUCUAGGAUUGAUGGAUUCCUACUUGGAUGUUUGAUUAAAUGCAAUUUGAGUGAAGAGCAGGUUAAUGAAGCAUAUAAGAUUCAAGCUGAAAUAAAGCACUCAUUGCAGUUAUAUUAUAAACCAAAUAGCGAACUAUUUGAUAAAAUAAUGACAGACGGUGAGGAUGCCAAAGUGUCUCGACAAUGCUCGAGUGAGUGUUCUUGUCUUCUAAAUAAUGACAAAGUCUUGAUAGAAGAAAAAGUUAAGAGUAUUGUUAAUAGAACUAGAACUUUCAGUAAAAGUGUUGGAUGGGCAUUGCCACCAAAUAUAUAGUGUAUACUUGUACAUGGAGAAAUAUAAAUGCUUAUCAAGAAUAGUAAACAUAAGUUUGUGUAAUUUUAUUCUGCUUAUUGUAAGACAAAUCUUUUGUAUAUAUAAAAGUUGAAUUAUUUUGAA